GGAGGUUCAGGGAGGGAGGGACGCUCGUAGAAAACCGUGACACGCCAGCUUCAGCAGUGUAGCUGCAAGGCAAUUAACGUCCGGCAGCGACGCACCGGGAGAGGGUGGCCACCGAAACUAAUCAGGAGCGCCGUCCAGCACCUGAACCAUCAAUCGGGUUUAUGAGUAAAGGCGAUCAAUCAGCCUGCGGUUAACCUUCGGUGAUACGCGGAAGUGUAAUUCAACGUCAACGGUGUCUUUUGACUUAUUAUCGGUGACAACAUGGCUGAAUGUAACGUUAGCAUCGACAAGAAUAAACUACCUGGAGUGAAAGAGGUGUGCCGAGACUUUGCUGUGCUGGAGGACCACUGCCUGGCCUACAACCUCCAGGAGCAAGAAAUUGAGAGCCACUUGGCGUCCAACGUCAAUAAGAGCCGUCUGGUGCAGAAGGACCUGCAGGUGGCAAAGAAGCUGCAGGAGGAGGAGGAUCAGAGGGCCAAGGUCCAGAACCAGAACAAGCAUGGUGAAAUAGAGCGUCAAGACAUUGAGAUCGCCCAGGAGAUUCAGGAUCAACUGGUCCGACAGGCAGAGCAACAACGACAGCAGGAAGAGAAGGAUGCGGCCAUAGCUCGUAAGCUGCAGGAGAAGGAGAUGAAAGAGGAAAAGAGGAGACAGAAGCAGCUGGAAGCAAACUUUGAGGAGGAGUACUUUGAGGAUCACGGAGCCGCAAGAAGACCCCUUGACUUGGACAAACGUUCUCGUCACAAGUCAAAUUCCCCGGGUCGACAUGAUGCGUAUGCUCCAGUGAGCUCCCAUCGAGAUUACUCCCCAGAUUACAGCUCCACAGAGCCCAAAAGGAGCAGGUACCCAAAACAGGACCCAGCAGCGCCCCACAGCCGCUCCAGAUACCCUGAGCACUACCUAGUGGCAGAAGGAGGGCGAAGCAGGCACGCAGAUCCGUACCCAGAGCACCUGCUGCCCUCUAGAGCCAAGCAUGGGGACAAGUACCCACAUCAUGAGCCCACAGAGACUGGAAGAGCCAGGGACCACAGGUGGGAGGACACAGAGAGAGUGGUGAGGAGGAAGGAGAGACCAACCAGGCCACCUCCUCAACAGAGCCAAAUAGAGAGAGACAAGGCCUUGGACAGAAGAUUGGACAGGCAACAUGAGCGAGACAGGGGUAGAGACGUGGAAUGGGAGAGGUAUAUGGGAAAAGAGCAGAAGAGAGACAGAGAGCAGGAUCUCAGGGGGGCGAGAGCAGGAGGAAGGGACAGGGAAAGAUCCAGAGAGAGAGGACUGAGUGGGGACCGACAGAGAGAGAGAGACAGACAGAGACAGAAAGACAAAGACAGACAACGAGUGAGAACCAGAAGCAGAGAGAGAGAACUUGAAGAGGAGCUGGGACACAGCAGGGACUGGCCGAGGGAGGGCAGAGCUUCUUGGGAGGAGGAGGGGGAUGAUGGUGAGAGGGAGAGGAGGGCCGGGGGCCGGCAGCGUGUCCACUCCGGCCCAGAGGAAGUGUUUGACGAGCUGGAAGAGCAGGGCUGGGGUCCUGGCAGGGAACGCAGUCAUUCUCAGCCCAGAGAAGAUCCAGGGCGUAUUGUACACCGAGGGAGUGGCACGGUGGUAGCAGAAACUGAGUUCGGAGUGACUGAGGCCACUAAGGGGUUGACAAAGCUUGACAUCCGUGAGCAGGAGCUGAAGGACAUGGAGGUGGCCAGGAAACUGCAAGAGGAGGAAAUCAAGGCCAGCAAGAUGCAUGUGCGCGCAGCCCAAGUGGCGCAGGAUGAGGAAAUCGCCCGACAGAUAAUGGAACAAGAGAAGAAGGAGUACAGGAGGAAUCGAGAGCGGGAGCAUGAAAGAGAGCGGGAGAAAGAGAAGGAGCGAGAGAGGGACAGGGAGAGGUUGGCCAUGGAGAGGAUGGCAAUGGAAAGAAGGCGGCAAGAGGGAGACUACAGGCCAAAUUCGGAGGAAGUAGUUCGGCCGCGAACACGAGAUGAGUAUGAAUACCAGAGGCAGAAGAACCACAAGCCCACCAGGCCUCCUCAGCCUCAUGCACCAAACUAUGAGAAUGUGAACGCUGGCUAUGGCUAUAUGGACCACCCUGCUCCCCCUCGCGCUCCCACCAGACCUGAGGCUGCUUACAAAGGUGCCUAUUACAAACGGUGACUCAGGCUCUCCACCAUGUCCAGACAUGCUGUCAGUCCUCCUCCGUCUUCUUUUUUUAAUUUAUCUUUUUGUUUUAAACCAUUUGCACUCUGUUGACCAAAAGCAUUGGGACAAUCUAAUGAGUUGGCAAUGGGAUUUUUUUUAAUACCCUCCAAAGUUCGCCCUGAGUUAAGGAAGUGGGUCGGUGGGUGCUAGACCACUCUUCUUUUCCUUUUUUUUUUAAUUUGAAAAUGUAUUAUUAUUUCUUUUAACUGACUGGACAUCAAGACAAGCCAAUAUCGCAGACUUGUGACAUUAACCCCCCCCGAAAUCGGGGAACCGGCCCCUCAUCCUCUGUGGUCAUCAUGUGCUGAUCGUCCCGUCUGUGGACCAUGCCAUCACAAGGGCUCAAGGCCUCCGCUGGAUAUAACCGUGCAAUCUCAAAAUUCCUCAUGACUCUUUCAUGGGACGUGCCUGGCUGCUACAGUGUCUUAGAUUCCAACAUGGCAGCUGCUUUGUACACCCGUGCUGCAGUUCUGUUCUCCGUCAUGUCGUGCAACGAGGCUCAACGGGCCCUGUCCAUGUGCCACACAGCGUACCACCCCGGAGGGAUACGCUUCUGUUGCUGUAUUCAAACAACACAAAAAAUAAGCCUUUAUCAAGAUGCUGGUAGAUUUGGCUUUGACCUGUUUUACCACCUUGUUCCAGUGCAGAGGAGGUGGAGCUUUGUGAUGAUCCAUGGACAUUUAUUCGGCUGUCUUCUGCUUGUGCCGGGGCACUUUUUUAACCCCAUCACCCUUAAAACUGUGGAUGGAUGAUGUUCUUGUGUAUGACUCACUGUUUCUAUGUGCAUGCUUACUGAAAGUACAACUGUGUACUUGCAUUUCAGCUCAGUAUCAAACUAUCUGGCUCCCUCUUUAUUGUCAAAAAGGGCUAAAGCCUCAAAAAGCCAAUAAUCUUCUCUUUGUGAAUGAACAAAAUAUCUUAGCUCAUAUACCACUGUUUCAUAUCGGCUGGUCAUUUACAAACCAAAACUGGCCCAUAGAAGAACCAGUACCAAAAUGAAAUGCAUGUGCAUUGCUUGUGGGUGUCAAACCUGAAAUAAUGCUUGUGCUUAUGGCACGGACGUGCGAUUGAAUAUUUGCUCCUGUUUUAUUUAAAUGUAAAUAUCUCUUCUUUUUUUUUUUUUUUAACACUUGUGCAACCAAAUCAUUCUCCCCAAUGUGGAAAACACCCAAUUCUCCCCUCAGUCCCUAUAUCUUUGUCUCCCACGUCUUAUGUUUGUUUAGAAAGGGAACUUUAUAUUUUAUUUUUCUACAAUAUUAUGUCGGUCUUUCCUCAGAUUGUUCCCUAAAUUUCCAUCCCCCUGCCGUCACUUCCAGUCCUCCUCUCUUUGUGUCCAGCUCAAAGGCAGACAACACUUCCUGCCUGCAGAAAAAAACAUUCCCACAAUAGAAACCAUCUGGAUGGAGGGAGAUCAGACACAGCAUCAGCUGAAAUACAAAUUAUUGCUCAAAGGGAUCUGUUUUAGCAUUUUCUUAAUACUCCGGGAUCCAUUAUUUUCUGUUCAUAUUGAAUAAUAAGGAUGAGGAAAAUGUAGAGUACGUCAAAGCUUUUGAGUUUACUCUUUGUUUGGUUUUUUUUUUAUGUAUCCAAGUUGUAAUAAAUGUUGAAAUUAUAGAACGCCUUCCAAAAUGACUCCCUCCCUCUUCAGAGGACGUAUGAGAUGUUUGUAUUGCCAAAAACAAACAUGCAGGGGGUAUUGAAAUAUGUAAUGUGCUAAUUGUUGACAGAAUGAGAUUUGUGCCAUAUGUUUGUCAUUGUUUUCAGGGACUUAAAAUUGGGGGAAGCUUAAAGUAGUUAUGGUUGUAGCAGAGCUACCACACCCACUGAGGUGGGACUCCUUAUUUAUUCUUUUGGUGAGAGCACCACCGUGUGGACAAUUGAAGAAAAAAAUGGAUCAGGAUGCGUCUUUGUGUAUUUGUAGAUGUUGUGUACCAGACAGGACUCUGGAAUCAAGUGCUGUCUACAUCAAACAUUGAGUGCUACGUUUCUUGUUAAAUUUUCUUUAAUCCAGGGCUUGUAUGCAAUCUACCAAUCAACACUUGCUGUAACAGAACUUUUUGUUAAGUAAAAUGAAUUAAGUUGCUUUUAUCUAUAGCAUCUCAAAAUGUAAUAAACUGUAUCAGCAUUUCAAA